AUUAAAAGAGUAUUAUUAUCAUCAUGUGCCCAUCCCAAACCCAAUCCUCUCUGUUCUCUCGUUAUCCAAUCAUUUUCGCGGGUUGAUGAUAACAGUGGAGUGCGACGGCGACGACGACGACGUUAGGGUUUGAUGGCGGUGAAGAAGGCUAGCGAGAUGUUUUCGAAGAGCUUGAUCGAGGACGUUCACAGAUGGGGAUGCAUGAAGCAGACGGGCGUGAGCCUCAGGUACAUGAUGGAGUUCGGUUCCACUCCCACUGAGAGGAACCUCCUGAUCUCGGCGCAGUUUCUUCACAAGGAGCUUCCGAUUCGGAUCGCGAGGCGUGCGAUCGAACUCGAGACGCUGCCUUAUGGCCUCUCUGAGAAACCUGCCGUCUUGAAGGUAAGGGAUUGGUAUGUGGAGUCAUUCAGGGACAUGAGAGCGUUUCCUGAGAUCAAGGAUACUGCUGAUGAGAAAGAGUUCACACAGAUGAUUAAGGCUGUUAAAGUAAGGCACAACAACGUGGUUCCCAUGAUGGCUCUGGGUGUUAACCAGCUGAAGAAAGGAAUGAAACUCUACGAAAAACUCGAUGAGAUUCAUCAGUUUCUUGAUCGCUUCUACUUGUCACGUAUAGGGAUCCGUAUGCUUAUCGGGCAGCAUGUUGAGUUGCAUAAUCCAAACCCACCACUUCACACUGUGGGUUACAUACACACCAAGAUGUCUCCUAUGGAGGUGGCAAGGAAUGCCAGUGAAGAUGCAAGGUCGAUUUGUUUCAGAGAGUAUGGUUCUGCUCCGGAGAUAAACAUAUAUGGCGAUCCAAGUUUCACCUUUCCGUAUGUACCAACCCAUUUGCAUCUUAUGGUGUAUGAGCUAGUCAAGAACUCUCUACGUGCUGUCCAAGAGCGAUUUGUUGAUUCUGAUAGGGUUGCACCACCAAUCCGUAUCAUUGUUGCUGAUGGAAUCGAAGAUGUUACAAUAAAGGUCUCAGAUGAAGGUGGAGGUAUACCGAGAAGCGGUCUGCCCAAAAUAUUCACUUACCUCUACAGCACUGCAAGAAACCCGCUUGAAGAAGAUGUGGACUUGGGAACAGCUGAUGUACCCGUGACAAUGGCUGGUUAUGGUUAUGGUCUGCCCAUUAGUCGCUUGUAUGCUCGAUACUUUGGUGGAGAUUUGCAGAUCAUAUCCAUGGAAGGAUACGGGACUGAUGCUUACUUGCACUUGUCUCGUCUUGGAGACUCGCAAGAGCCUUUGCCAUGAGAGUAUCUCUCAAGUCAGGCUAGUGAAGAAAGGUUUGGCAUAUUGAUGGUAGACGAGGGGAUCUACUCCACUCAGUUUAAUAUGCUUCUUUAAUGUACAUACAUUAUUUCUCGCAUUUAUGAUUUCUUUGAUUAUAAACACUCAGACAUGGAGAUUUACCAAGUGAGUUGAUCUCUCUGGUUUGAUUUGAGCUGAUUCAGAACAGUUUAUCCUUUGUUUGUUGCAACAUUUCUCUUGUAUCCGCAAGUAAAAAAAAAAGUUAAUUUUAUUGGUAA